AUGCAGAAUCCGAAGGAAUCACAUGCAAACUUAGAGCAUUUGAGAGAGAUUAAGAAUCCUGGUGGUGGUUCUAAUUUCUAUGCUGAUUCUAAGGUUGAAGUUGAUCACGUUGAGUCUUCUAAAGAGAAAGGUAAAGACAAAGCAGAGCCCACCAGAGAAGAGAUGGGACUGAAACUUGAAGAUGAGACUGAAGAAGAAAAAAAGAGGGAAGAGAAGGAAGAAUCUUUCGAGAAUCUCUGCAAGACGAUUAAGGAAAUUCUUGGAGAUAAAGUUGAGAAGGUUGUGGUCUUAGACAGGAUUGUGGACUCUCCUUUCUGUCUAGUAACUGGUGAAUGCGGAUGGACUGCGAACAUGGAGAGGAUUAUGAAGACAGAGGCGUUGAGAGAUAGCGUCAUGAGUGGUUACAUGUCGAGCAAGAAAACAAUGGAGAUCAACCCCGACAAUGGUAUCAUGGAGGAGCUUAGGAAGAGAGCUGAAGCUGACAAGAAUGACAAGUCUGUUAAAGAUCUUGUCAUGUUGUUGUUUGUGACAACUUUGUUGACUUCUGGAUUCAAUCUUGAUCAACCAAACACGUUUGCAUGUGCUAGGAUUCACAAGAUGUUGAAGUUGGGUCUGACAUUGAUGACUGAUAAGAAGAUUUCAAGCUUACGGGGGAGAUUGGUCCACAUGUAUAUAUAG